AGUAGAUCCGGAAGUGAGUGUUGUUUCUUCUUUUCCUCUCUUUGCGCAGCCGACAGAGGAGGUGCAACGGUGGAUUGUAGGGGUAGUGAGUCAGAAGGAAACUGUGAGUUGUACGUGAACCUCGUGAUUUCGGAGCAUUCAGCAAAGACGGCGCAAGCAGUCUGGAAUUGCCUGAGAGAAACAGACUCCAGGCACCAUGGUUGGAGAAAGAAGAAAUGGAAAUCUUUUGGUAAGUUUGGGCCCAAAGCUGCAGGCAUAUCCAGAGGAGCUAAUUCGCCAGCGUUGUAAUCAUGAUGGCUACGUGGAGUACCUUAUUCGAUGGAGUGUUGUUGCUGUGGAGGAUGGAGGCACAGCCAGUGGGAAUGGCUCAUCUGCUGACAGCAAGGCGGAGAAUAUCUUGAUGUGGAUGUCAGCUGAAGAUGUGUAUGCUAACUGUCCAACCCUUCUUGGAAAACGCAAACAUGAGGGUCAGAAUGUGCAGGAGGAGAAAGCACCCACAAUUGAUGAAUCACAUGACACUUUAGAUGAGCUGGUAGAGAUGAAGAAAGAUGUGAGAGCUCUUGUGAAACGUGCCCGUAAUCAGCUGCAGCAGAUGAGUGGGCCAGGCUCAUCUACAACCAUUUUGCACACAAUCCAUGUACUGAGUGCUUAUGCCAGUAUUGGGUCACUGGUCAGUGUUUUUAAGGAGACAGGUGCUCUGGAUUUGUUGAUGAAGAUGCUGUGUAAUGAGGAAAAACAAAUACGACGCAGUGCUGGAAAGAUGUUGAGGGCACUAGCAUCACAUGAUGCAGGGAGUCGUGCAUAUGUCCUUCUGUCUCUUAGUCAACAAGAUGGAAUUGAACAGCAUAUGGACUUUGAGAAUCGUUAUACUCUCUUGGAAUUAUUUGCUGAAACAACCUCUUCUGAAGAGCAUUGCAUUUCUUUUGAAGGGAUUCACCUUCCCCAGAUUCCUGGGAAGCUGCUUUUCUCCUUGGUGAAACGAUAUUUGUGUGUCACUUCACUUAUGGACAGUCUGAAUAAUAAUGGGAUUGACUCCAGCAGUAAACAGGCUGAUUGCUCCACAUCAGCACCACAGGUCACAGAGCAGUCUCGUAUUCAACGGGAAUUUGAAUUCACCAUGGCAAUGGCUAACCUCAUUUCAGACCUUGUUAGAGUCAUGGGUUGGGACCGUAACCAAAAAUUGGACCAGUCUUGUUCAAUGUCAAGCGAAGAAGAAAAAUCCAAAGGAUUCAGGUCCAUAUUCCAGCCUAGAUCAGCUCCUGUUCCAAUCAUUAUUGCACCAGCACCUCGGAAAAAACCAAGUAUGUUCAAAACCCGUAGUGAUUUUAGCACCAGAUCCAGUUAUGUGGAGUAUGUACAGGAUGUCUUGAAAGCUGGCAUGGCUGUGCGCAUGCUGGAAAGCUAUGAACAGGUCAACGCUGGAGAUGAGGGUGAAUUCCGUCUCAGUAAUGAUGGCACACCACCAGUGCAGGUGUAUUGGCACUCUUUGGGUCGAACAUACUGGGUACACUGGCAUAUGAUUGAGAUUAUAGGCCUUGGAUCCAGUGAAGAGGCAGAGAAAGAGACACAGGAGAAGGCUUCAAACCUUACAGAAAAUCUGAAAGUAACAGCAAUUGCCCCAAACCUCUGCAAACCUUUAGGGGGACUCUACACAUUGCCAUACCUUACAGACUGUAGUAAUGAAGAUUCUGAGGUGCUGAAUCGGGCGGAAUGGUGGGAGGUGCUCUUCUUCAUUAAAAAACUUGAACCAAAGCAGCAGCAGGAUGUUAUAACUUUGAUUCGGCAAAGCAUGGAUGAUCCGAUCCAUGAGCUUGAUGAUCACAGUCUGGUGCAGCUAAGUAUUCCAAUGGAAGUGGCCUAUAAAGUGAUGCAGUACCUCAACCAACACAGCCAUGGCAGCAAUUUGAGUGAUCUUCAUUGCUCUCAUAUCUAUAUCAAGCACUUUAAAAAAAGGGAAGGACUUGGGAAUGAUGCAGUCAGUGGCCUAUUUACUUCAUCCUCUAGCUAUAGCAGCUGCUCCUCUGGAACCAUGGGUUCUGUAUCCAAAAAACCCAAGAAGGAGAUCUUGCCAACCAGUGCUGCCUCCCCUACGAAUUCUGCAAAUACAGAGAAACCAGAUUCCCAGAUUUUUGCCGAACUGCAGAAGAGAGAGGAGCUGAAGUACCCGGAGGACAUUGACGAGAAACUGAAAGCAUUAAGUGGCACCAAUGUGGCAGGAAAAAAGGGUUCCCUGGAGAAGUUUGAGGAAGUAGUAGAGCUUAUGAAGAAGUCACCCACAGAACUUGGACUGGUGGCUGCUGGACUCCGGUACAUCACCAGAGUGCUAGAAGAAGAACAGUCACGUGAGAAACUAGUCAUCAAAGUUGAAAAAGGUGCUAAUACCAGGGAUAAACUAGUAAAGAUGUUGGUAGAGAUACUGACCAGUCAGCUGAAAGAGAAGGUGCUUGUGGUGUUGGCAUUACGACUAGUGUAUGUACUGAUGUCGAAGUAUGAGUGGCGUGUUUCAUUUGCAACGGAAGGAGGAAUCAGUGCUGUUCUUGCCUGCAUGCAGGAGUACUCCAACUGUGCACUUAUUCAGUGGUCUGGCCUCACGGUUUUGAAAGUGCUAACUGGUGCUGGAAGCAAUGAAUUCCGAGUUUUCACAGUUGGCACCCCUCUUGCUGAUGCUGAUGCUCAGGUUGUGCGAGAGAUCUUUGCAAGCAUUGGUUCAGCCUCUAGUGAUGGUACCAAAGGGCUUUUGUGUGCGAUUCCAUCAGCUGUUGAAAAGAUGCUUAACACACCAGGGUGUUCUUCAGCAGUGCAGGAUGGUUUGCUGGUCGUUCAUAUGAUGAUUCAGGGUCACAAAACUCUGGUGGAACAGCUGGUUGGAUGUGACAUCUGGUCAGUUUUGCGGAACUGCUUGACUAAGAGUGACCCUCCUCCUAACCUGCAGCAUACAUUGGCUCUCAUCAUCAUGUCUCAGAUUUCAGGUCACAAAAUUCCUACAGACAGUGGCUUAAAAGAGCCUAAAGAAGCCCUUGAAUUAAAAGACAUGGAGCUGAAGAUGUGUCUUGCCAGUUUGAAGGAAAUGACUGUAACCAAGGAGCUGAUUCUGGCUUUGGAGCGUAGAGUGUGUGAUGAAGCCAGUAGCACGGAGGUGGAAAUCUUGGACAUCAUGAAAGACAGAGAAAUUUUUCAGAUUUUGGUCAGAAACCUGGAUCAGCAGCGCCAGGAAAAAACUGUGCAGCAAGCUGUAGUGCGGAUUUUGAACAAGUUUUUGGAUAACUAUGCAGAAGAUGUCCUGCCUUGGCAUGAGUGUAUUGAGCCCUGUCUUUCGUCCAUGACAGCCUACAACAAUGACAGAGAGGUGCUUCAGGAAUUCCUUCGUUUUCUCUUCCGACUGGCCACAACCAACAAAGAUUAUGCAGUAGUAAUGUGCCGUCUUGGUACCAAGGAAGCUCUAGCCAAAGCACUUGAGAAGCACAGCUCAAACCUGCUGCUAAUCUCAGAGCUUAGAGAUCUUAUCAGUGAUUGUGAAAAGUAUGCCAGCCUUUACAAGCAGAUGACAACUAGUAUACUUGCCGGCUGUAUCCAGAUGGUUUUAGGACAGAUUGAAGAACACAGGAGGAGUCACCAGCCUAUCAACAUUCCCUUCUUUGAUGUGUUUUUGCGGAACCUUUGUCAAGGCUCUACAGUAGAAUUAAAAGAAGAUAAAUGUUGGGAAAAAAUCGAAGUGUCAUCGAAUCACCAUCGAGCCUCCAAACUAACGGACAGAAACCCAAGGACAUACUGGGAAUCAAAUGGCAGCACUGGGUCGCACUUUAUCAAUAUUUAUAUGCAGAAAGGAGUGGUGAUCAGGCACUUGGCACUGCUUGUUGCUAGUGAAGAUUCUAGCUAUAUGCCUGCUCGAGUUGUGGUAAUGGGAGGAGACGAUCCUUCAAACAUCAAUACAGAGUUGAAUACGGUGAAUGUUCCUCCAACAGCCAGUCGGGUUGUUUUGUUGGAGAACGUGACUCGUUCCUGGCCUGUUAUACAGAUAAGGAUUAAAAGAUGUCAGCAGGGUGGUAUUGACACACGAGUGCAUGGGUUUGAAAUUUUGGGUCCAAAACCAACAUUCUGGCCAGUGUUUAAGGAGCAGCUCUGUCGUCGGACGUACCUCUUUUACACAACAAAAGCACACACCUGGUGUCAAGAGAUAAAUGAAGAUCGAACACAGCUGUUGCAGUUAUUUAACAAACUGAACAGUGCAUUGCGACAUGAACAGAUGUUUGCCGAUCGUUUCUUACCUGAUGCUGAAGCAGCUGAAUCACUUGGCAAGACAUGCUGGGAGGCUUUAAUUAACCCCAUUGUGCAUUGCAUCACAUCUUCAGAUAGUACAACAUUAAGUCCAUUGUCUUGGCUGUUAAGUGAAUACUUUGAGAAUUCAUUGGGUCGUAUGAGAUGUAGGAGCCAUGCUUCUAUCUUUAACUCACGGGUUAGAAGACUCUGCCAUUUAUUAGUACAUGUAGAUACAAGCCGAGUAGAGACUGAAGAUUUGAAACCACAUCCAAAAUCAGAUGGGAAGGAAACAAAGACCAAAGAAGUGAUCUCAGUGAUGGCAAAAUCUAAGGCAGUGAAACCAAGCAGCCUUCUUGGGAUAACAGAGUGUUGGCAGGGUGUAGUACGCCAACAAGUUAAGAAGUUUUUAGAAUCAUACUGGAAUGACCCAGUGUUUGUAAAGGAAUAUUGUAAUACAUACGCAAAGUUGAAGAAUGCCAUGGAAGAACUGUUUGGGUUUCGAACGGCUUUUGUGUUAGCAUUAAGGAAAGGUUUCUCUGCAGCAUUGCUGCAGCUUUCCUUUCUCACAGCCAUGCAUGUCAGUGAACUUUUUGCUCGAUACAUUGAUGAGAGGAUCCAAGAAAGCAGUUGCACAGAUUCUUCCAACACAGAGGCAUUAAAUCAGCUGCAAGUGUUCCUAGAGCCAAUGCUUUUUCUUUCUGGGCUGGAAUUGGCUAAUAGCUUUGAGCACUUUUAUAGGUAUUACCUGGGAGAUCGUCUCCUUGUUCUGGGAAAGACAUGGCUAGAGAGAUCGGUGGUAGAACAGAUAGGCCUUUGCUUUCCAAAUCACUUUCCACAGCAGAUGUUGAAGAAUCUGAGUGAAUCAGAGGAACUUCAGCAGGAAUUCCAUCUUUAUCGUUUGCAGCAGUUUGACAAGUACUUGGAGGAUGAGGGUGAAGAGCAAGAGAUGCAGGAAGACUCUUCUGUGCCUGAGCAGGAAACAAACAUUAAAAUUGUGGUACUGUCACCACGCUGUUGGGUCAUUCCACCAUUCUGUCAUAUGGACAAUCCUGCAAAGUAUUUUCCUUCCACAUUUGCCAGCUACCUGCAGGAGUUUGCUGAAUUUUACACUAACAGUCAAGGUGUGACUGGAUUAGGUAAUUCAAAACCUCGUCGUUUGCAGUGGACGUGGCUUGGCUCUGCAGUAGUCCAAUAUGAAUCCUUAAUAUUUCAUGUAACAACACUUCAGAUGUACAUUUUACUUCAGUUUAAUGAAGCAGAGGAAGUGUCUGUGAAACAAAUACUAGAGUCUACUGGUCUGUCUCCAAUACUAGUGAAUCAUGCACUGAAACCUCUGGUUCAGAAGAAAAUUCUUGUGCAGCCUUCAUCAGAGCAGUCAUCAUAUCAAAGCACUGUGCUCAUUCUAAAUAGUGCAAUGCCAAGUGUACCUGCAGGCCACCUGCUGCCAAAGCAAACAUACCGUAAUGUUGAAGAAGAUGCAGCAAGUGUCUUGGAGAGGAAAAGAAAUGUUAUCCGCUGUCUUAUUAUUCAGAUCAUGAAAGCUGAAGGAGAGCUACACAUUGACAAUCUUGUCUUCAGGGUACUUGAAGCAUGUCAGAAGUGUGAAUCUAAGCUGUCUGAGAAGUUCUUCAGUUUUGGCUGCAGCAACACAGAUGUGCUGUCAUGCGUUAUACAUCUUAUCAACCAAGGCUACAUCCAACGCAAUGAAGAUAGCCCUCAUAUUUUAGAAUACGUCUCCAAGAACCCUGCCACACCUCGCAAGGGGCAAGCCUAUAUCCUCUUCCGAUCAGCAGAAACCAAGAAAUCUGCUUUCCGGGAAGUCAGAAGAAAAUCUUCUCGAAUUGAUCGGCAGCCCAGCACCACCAUCCAUUUUGGGGAGGAGGGUGCAUUAGAUGCAGUACUUUUUCCAAUGGGACGCACAAUGAGCCAGGAAGAGGUACGACAGCUAAUGAGUCAGACUGUUUCUCAGGUUAAGGAUGCCUUAAAUGUGUCUAGUGACGAGGCACAGCACUUACUUAUCCACUGCAAAUGGAAUGUGGAUCUUCUUAUUCAGAGCUACUUAGAAGAUCAAGAAUCACUUCUUCUUGAAGCUGGCCUAAAAGUGAAGAACCCAGCACCAUCAUCCAAUGUCAUGCACUGUCCUGUCUGCUUGAUGCAGCUCUCUAGUGAUGAUGAACAAAUCCCUACACUCUGCUGCAUGCACUACUGCUGCAAGACUUGUUGGAAGAGUUACUUGACAACACGGAUUGAGCAGAAUCUGGCAUUGAACUGCACCUGUCCAAUCACUGAUUGCCCUGCACAGCCAAUGACCAACUUCAUUCUAAAGAUUAUAGUGGACAAGGAAAUAGUUGCAAAGUAUAACAACAGUUUACUUCGAGGUUAUGUAGAAUGCUGCUCAAACCUGACAUGGUGCACCAAUCCACAAGGAUGUGAUCAGAUUCUGUGCAAGGAGGGCAUUGGAAAUGGAGAAAUCUGUUCAAAAUGUUCCUGGCUGUCCUGUUUCAACUGUAAUUUUCCAGAGGCUCAUUAUCCUGCCAGUUGCAUUCACAUGUCCCAGUGGAUGGAUGAUGGAGGGUUUUAUGAGGGGAUGACAGUGGAAGCACAGAGUAAGCACCUUGCCAAACUCAUUUCAAAGCGCUGUCCCAGCUGCCAGGCCCAGAUUGAGAAAAAUGAAGGCUGCCUACAUAUGACCUGUGCCAAAUGCAAUCAUGGAUUCUGCUGGCGAUGUCUGAAACCCUGGAAACCAAACCACAAGGAUUAUUACAAUUGUUCUGCAAUGGUAAGCAAGGCAGCCCGGCAGGAGAAAAAGUUUCACGAUUACAAUGAAAGAUGUACAUUCCAACAUCAAGCUCGGGAGUUUGCUAUAAAUCUGAGGAAAAGAAUUUCAAGCAUUGCUGAAGCUCCCCAGAUGAAGAUGCUAACAUUUGUAGUUGAUGCAUGUACAGUCUUGGAACAGGCACGCAAGGUUCUUGCAUACUCAUGUGUUUAUAGUUACUACAAUCAGGACACAGAAAAAAUGGAUGUCAUGGAGCAACAAACAGAAAAUUUGGAAAUCCAUACAAAUGCUCUACAGAUUCUGCUUGAGGAGACACUUUUGAAGAGUGAAGAUCUGACAUUUUGUCUUCGCUUGCUGAAAUCAAAGCACCUUAACACUGGCAUGGAGCUGAUUCGUAGAAUCCAGGAGAGACUGCAAGCUAUUCUACAGCACUCCACACAGGAUUUUCGAGUUGGAUAUAGCAGGUCAAGUGCAGAUGAGAAGGAGGAUCACUCUUCCAAUCUGCCAACUGGGGCCCUCUCAGUUUCUUCUAAAGAGAUGAAGUCUGAUGGAGCUUCAUCAGCAGGUUCUGAUGUUGGAGACACUGCUGUGGUUAUGUCAUCUUACGAAGGUGAAGAUGAUGAUGAUGAUUAUGUUCCAGACUGCCAAGAUUAUGAUGAAGAUGAUGAUGAAGACAUAGAUGAUGAUGACUUCUCCUAUGAUGAAGAGUCAGAAAAUCUUGCAACAGACUCUUUUUUCUUUGAAGAGGAUGAGGGAGCUUAUGAUUAAACUAAUUAAACAGUUAAAAGUUUCAAUCUGGGGGGUGGUAUAUAUGAACAGGUGUCAUGUUUGUCACCAGUUGUCUGUCCACAGUGAAUCGGUUAAAGUUGGGUGCCACAGGGACAUUAAUACAUGAGAAGAAGCAUGAAGUGUGAUGGCCAGGUAACCUCAUCAGUCCAAGUGAUAUUACAGUGGUCAUUAAUGACAGCUCUGAGAGUAGUGACACCACAGUGUAAACUGAUGUAGUGCAAUAGCAUUUUAAAAAUAGCUUUUGCAUGUGGUGUGUGGUACAGAUUCUGCGAGAAGUCUUUGGUUGAGAAUAGUGCUCGAAAGAACAGUCUACACAGAAUGCUGCAUGUAUUUGUUGUGUUGUAAAGCUGAUAUGUAACUGUAUAGAAGAACAAGUGCAGUGUUUGUACCAUAAUUAGAAAUAUAACUACUGUAAGGCAAACAGCUGAUGCACUGUUCAGAAGGUUAUGGAUGUGGCACCUCUUGAUAGGAGUAAUUAUUGUCUGAAAUGUACACAAAUGGUUCUCCCUUUGUCAUCUGUUGUCACCAUAUAGAUUACAAGGAUGCUUAGCUGAUCAGCCAGCUAAAACAGUACUUAAUAUGCUGUUUUAAAAAUGUGUGCCAGUCAUACUACUAUCUGAAUUAUCGCAUAGGACACAUUCUUUACAAGUUUACAGCAGGGCAGAAUUUUGGUGACUUAAGACUGCAGUGUUACAGAAAUUGAGUUUUACUGCUCCCUUCAUGAAAAGAAAAAAAUACAUAGAAAUGAUCCAUUUAGGAUCUUAAGGGGUGAAGUUGAAACCCCUCUUAGACCCAAAGUCAUCUCAGAAAUAUUUUUAGGGUGUGUUAAUUGUGACCUUCCCAAAACAGUACUGCUUACACACACACACGCUGAAAAGAGCUGAGAUACCAUCACUCUUUAGCCAUAAGAGUGAGAUUAUUUUUCUUUACAAUGCUGCACUUGCUUGUAACUGUAUGCUUAGAAUAUUCAUUCAGACUUAUGGCUGUUUUGGAAAAUUUCAGUCACUUUAUCGGGUGUGACACUACCUUUCAUUAACUGUGACUGAACUCUUUGAAAUCACAGUUGGAAUACCUGAAGUGGAAUUAUAAUAUAAUAUAAGCCCUUUGUGGUAAAUUCAGGGCUGCUUUCUCUGUAUAUUUGCAGACUUUAACAUUGUUCAAAUGUAACAUUUGACCUUUCUGAAAGAAAACGGAUAUGGAUGUUGAUACAGCUUCUGUUUACUAAAUAAAUUGCUUCUUUUUUCUCUA